ACUACAGAAAGCUUCCAAGCAUCUUCACAAAGCAAAGAAGAAAAAACAAAAUAAUAACAAUCUGUUGAUGGCUUAUCAGACCGGUCGAACCCUUCCAAACCGGCGCAAUCGUGACGAAGCGAACCGUCUCAAGUACGGCUUCGACGCCGGAUUAUUGUCUGGUGCAUAGCCUCAAGAUAUCGAUAUCGACCUUGACGGCGUUGAUUCAAACAUUUCAUGGAGUUCGGAUUCGGAAACCGACGACUCCGAUGGUGAGAAGAUGCGUCUGACUGGUCUCUCGGCAAGCCUGCGGGUCUUAUCGGAUUUGCUAUUGAGAAUGGAGCGUGCGGAGGCAGAGCUAAACAAGACGAGGGAGGCUCUCCGGUUGCAUGCGGAGAAUCGGCGAAUCGAAUUGGAGGCUGAGCUAACUCAGAUGCUGUUGCGGACUGAAUUGCAGAUAGCCUCGUUCAUUUCGCGCCCCAUUAGCGUUUCGAGUAGAAAAAGGAAGCGAAUUGAAGAAGAAACAACACCACAAGUUUCUCAAAGGGAUGGAGCUUUGCUAUUCACAUUACUCCAAUUCAAUUUGCUAUUUUGAAGUCUUUACUUAUUAAGGUUUUUAUAUGCAAAAAUGAAAUGAAGUAUUCCACUUGUUUCUGAUCGUUUUACAUGUAUUAUUGUAAUUUUUCUAUGUAUUUCAUAAUAAGUAGUAGUUAUGUUGCUAUGAA